AUGACUGUGCCAGUCUACUUCAAUAAUAAAGCAGUUUCUGCUGGAGAAGAUCUUCUCCAUGCCUUGAUCAAGAUGGGGGAGACAGCUGACUCUCAUCUUGAUGGCAUCAUUAACAAUGCUGGCAUGACUGUACCAGCCUACUUCAAUAAUUUCCAGUGUCAAGCUAUCAAGAAUAUCAGUCUUAUUACUGAUUUUAACAUUUUCUAUACUCUGAACAAGCUCAAUGUUAUCAUGAUUGUGCAUGACUUUGAAUUGAAUCUUGCCAGCUAUGCUACAAGCUUGCUGGCUCUCCAAAUCAGUAAAGAUAAGCUCUCUACAGCCAUGAAUUCCAAUCUUGAAAAAGCUUAUAAGCUUGCUAACUAG